UCCCCCCUCCCUUUUCACCCUCUCCCCCCACCCACCUCUCCCUCUCCAGGUGCUCCCCUCCACAGUGUGUUGGUGUUGGUUGUCUUGUAACUGCUGCAUCGUCAUGGCGUCUGAACGUUAUAGUUUUUCACUCACAACUUUCAGCCCAUCAGGGAAGCUAGUGCAGAUCGAAUAUGCUUUGGCUGCAGUUGCAUCAGGUGCACCCUCCGUCGGAAUCAAAGCGGCAAAUGGAGUCGUUCUUGCUACGGAGAACAAGCACAAGUCUAUUUUGUAUGAAGAACAUAGCGUGAAUAAGGUUGAGAUGGUCACAAAUCACAUCGGCAUGGUUUACAGUGGUAUGGGACCAGACUACCGUCUUCUUGUGAAGAGAGCUAGAAAGAUGGCACAGCAGUACCAGCUUAUGUACAAUGAACCAAUUCCAACUGCGCAAUUAGUUCAGCGAAUUGCUAUGGUUAUGCAGGAGUACACUCAAUCAGGAGGUGUAAGGCCUUUUGGUGUGUCUCUUCUGAUUGCUGGCUGGGACAAUGAUCGUCCAUAUUUGUUCCAAUGUGAUCCAUCAGGUGCCUACUUCGCCUGGAAAGCAACUGCUAUGGGCAAGAAUUUCAUCAAUGGAAAAACCUUCCUUGAAAAGAGGUAUAGUGAAGAUUUGGAACUGGAUGAUGCAGUGCACACAGCAAUCCUUACUUUGAAGGAAAGCUUUGAGGGACAGAUCACUGCAGACAAUAUAGAAGUUGGUAUCUGUGAUGCAAAUGGUUUCAAGAGAUUGGAUGCCGGCACUGUCAAGGACUACCUUGCUAACAUCCCCUAAUCAUCAAGGCUUCUUUUACUUUAUCUUGGUUAUGUAUUCUUUCAUAUAAUAAAAUUUACAUGUGUAUUUAAAGAAUAGA